AUGGCCGACGAACCUCCGCCCUCCGCCGCUCCUCCUCCGCCACCCCCUCAAUCCGCCGUAGAAGAGCUCCCGGUAGCACCGCCACCGCCGCCGGAGCAAGCCCCAGCUGCUGCGAUUUCCGCGGAGGAUUCAUCCGCCGCACCGCCGCCAGAGGAGGAGAAGAGAGCAGAAGUAGAAGCGGCGCCGGUGAAAGCCGAAGUGGUCGCGAAAUCGGUGGUAAUCAAAGAGGAGUUCACCGGCGAGGCGGAGAAGAAGGAGAAAUUGAAGGUUCCGGAGUCUCUGAUCUCGUUCAAGGAAGAGAGCAAUCGAGUCUCUGAUCUGUCCGAUUCGGAGAAGAAUGCUCUCGAUGAGUUCAAGCAGCUGGUCCAGGAAGCUCUGGACUCUCGCUCCUUCACCUCUCCUUCUCCUCCGCCGCCGCCAAAGGAGGAGAUUCGGACUUCCUCUUCCGCCGCUACCACGCUACCACCGCCGCUGCUACGGAAGCUCAGAAAUCUGAAGAUCAAAGCUCCAAUGUCAGCACAGAGAUUACUCCACCGGCCGCUAAAAAGCUAG